GCAGCAGGAGUGUGACCUAAAGAACCUCAAACAUGCGUCAAUCCCGAGAAAAACAAACUUCAACAAAUGUCGGAUUAUAACUGUCGUAAACUUUCGUUUCUGCAUUAAAAACCUUCAUGUUUUAAAUCAAGGAUACAGCGAACAGUGUAGUUUAUCAGGGACUCAUGUGUGUGUGUUGUGGGCCUCUGUAUAAUCCAGCCUCUCUCCAUGGAUUACCAGUAGAGAAAAGCUGAAUCAAGUCAUUCUGCUGAAGGGAGGUCACGGCACGAUCGAAACAUGCCCCUUCCGUUCGGAUUAAAACUCAAGCGAACCAGGAGAUACACCGUAUCCAGCAAGAGCUGCCUGGUGACCCGUAUACAGCUGCUGAACGGUGAAUAUGUUGAGUUUACGCUGUCGGUGGAGAGCACAGGACAGGAAUGUCUGGAGGCGGUCGCUCAGAGACUGGAGUUACGAGAGAUAACAUAUUUCAGUCUUUGGUACUGCAACAAACAAAACCAGCAGAGAUGGAUUGAUUUAGAGAAGCCACUGAAGAAACAGCUUGACAAGUAUGCACUGGAGUCCACUGUUUACUUUGGAGUGGUUUUCUACGUGUCAUCUGUUACCCAGUUACAACAAGAGAUCACCAGAUAUCAGUAUUAUCUUCAACUGAAGAAAGAUGUUUUGGAGGGAAAGAUUCCUUGCUCAAUCGAACAAGCCAUUCAUCUGGCCAGCUUGGCGGUGCAAGCUGAUCUCGGAGACUUCCGAGGAAUUGACUCCCAGGAAUUCCUUCAAAAAAUUGUGCUUUUUCCAAUGCCAUGGAUCCAGGAUGAGAGGGUUGUGGAGGAAGCCACUCAGAAAGUCACCAUGCUUUAUCAAAACUACAGAGGUCUGUCUGCUCCGGAGGCCGAACUCCUUUAUAUGCAAGAGGUGGAAAAGAUGGAGGGCUACGCAGAGGAGAGCAUCCAAGCAAAGGACGGUCAGAGCACAGAUGUGAUUAUUGGCUCAUCUUUGGAUGGGAUCCUUGUGAAACACAAAAAUGGAAAACCUCCCCUCAUUUUUCGGUGGAAUGACAUUAAUAACAUGACUCAUAAUAAGUCUUUCUUUGCCCUGGAGCUCGCCAACAAAGAAGAGACCGUCCAGUUUCAGACCGAGGACAUGGAGACAUCGAAAUACGUCUGCAGAAUGUGGCUGGCGCGGCACAAGUUUUACAAGAUUAACAACAGCAGUCUAGAGUCGUCUGACGGUCCGUCCUCUGACGGCUCCCAGAGGUCCAUUCUUACUCUUUCAUUUCCUCGCUUUCCGACGCUCCUGCGUCCCUCUCUUUCUUCUAACAAGGGACAAACCCAACCUGCUCCAGUGAACCCGGUGAGGAGACGAUCAUCUACAAGGAUGUCUCUGCCCAAACCUCAACCGUACAUGUUGCCACCGCAGAUGCACUUUAAUGGUCAUUAUAAUGAACCAUACACAUCCUCACAAGAUAACCUUUACGUGAACAAUCAGAACGGUUUCUACUACCAUUCUCAGACCAGUCUGGACCGCUCGCCGCACGAGUACAACGGAAGGAUUCGUAACGGCAGCGUGUACAGCGCCCAGAGCACCAGCUCUCUCAACAACCCGCAGCACUACCUGCAACCAUCACCUAUGUCUUCCAACCCCAGCAUCACAGGAAGUGACCUCAUGCGGCCCGACUAUGUGCCAUCCCACCGCCACAGCGCUCUGAUCCCGCCCUCCUACCGCGCCACGCCCGACUACGAGACGGUCAUGAGGCAGAAGAACCUCGGAAUGGUACCGCCUGCCGAGCGUCAAAGCCAUUCCAUGCGGAACCUCAACAUCGGCAACUCUUACGCCUACAGUCGACCCGAUCCGCUCGUGUACAGCCAGCCCGAGAUCCGCGAGCACGGGGCGGGACAGUACCCGUUCCACCUCAACUACAGCUUCCACAGUCCCUCUCCUUACCCGUACCCCACCGAGAGACGCCCGGUAGUGGGUGCCGUUAGCGUCCCGGAGCUCACGAACGUCCAACUCCAGCAGGCCCAAGAAUACCCGCCACCCAACAUCAUUAGGAAUCAGGUGUACUGGCCUCCGCCCCCUUAUCCAUACCCUCACCCUCGACCUGCCAACAGCACUCCGGAUCUGUCCCGUCACCUGUACGUGAGCAGCAGUAACCCGGACCUGAUCACGCGGCGCGUUCACCACUCGGUGCAGACCUUCCAGGAAGACAGUCUGCCUGUCGCACACUCGCUGCAGGAGGUGAGCGAGCCCCUGAUCACCACACGUCGCCCGCACAUAAACAAGAGGAACUCCAUCGAGAUUGCCGGACUGGCAUACGGUCUGGAGAACAUGAGGCUCAAAGAGAGAAAGGUAUCUGCUUCUGCGGCCGAGACUUCGCCUCCCGUCCCCCAGCCGAUGUCUCCCACCACGCCCAACUCUGAUAUCAACAUCGUUCUGGAGGUUACAAAGCCAGAGGAGGCCACCAUCAAGGAAGACGUGUGCUACGGCCACAAAAAGUCGUUGUCUGAUGCCACGAUGUUGGUACACAGCAGCGGUGAGGAAGAGGAGUUUGAAGACGACAGCGGGCGGCACACACCGCAGUCCCAGGAUGCUGUGGGCGGACCCGAGCAUCACCUGCCACCCAUCGUUCGAUCCCUCGUAGAUCCGCCCGCUUACCCUUUCAGCCACAGCAUGGACACGGUCCUGACGGGCCCUCUCUCAUACCAGCCCCAUUCUCUCAGUCCUCUGCCCGCUCUUCCAGAGCCUGGACACAUGGUGCCCUCCGUAUCUGAAGGAGAUCUGAGCGGCCCGGGACGAUCGAAAUACAAGAGGGACAUGUUUAAAAGACCUGUCUCUGAUGUGCCAUCUGGGAGAAGAAACAUUGAAGGUCUUCCACCACCGGGUAUGAAGAAGGGACGUUCAGAUGUAAAGAAGGUCGGCCCCAUGAAACUGGCGGCUCUGAAUGGCCUGACUGUGGCCAGAUUACCUUUACCUGAUGACACUAAAGACGAUUCAGAGAACACAUCCAAUGACGAGCGGUGUAAGAUGUUGGAGCAUCGCGUGGAGCAGAAGUUGGUCUUCACAGAGUACGAGCAGAUACCCAAGAAACGGGCGAACUGUGUGUGCAACAUUGCUCUGAUGCAAGAAAACAACGAAAGGAACCGUUUCCAGGACGUUCUGCCUUACGAUGACACGCGUGUGGAGCUCGUGCCCACUAAAGAGAACAACACGGGAUACAUCAAUGCAUCUCACAUCAGGAUUACGGUUCAAGGUAAGGAAUGGAGUUACAUUGCAUCUCAGGGUCCUCUCUCCAACACCUGCCAAGACUUCUGGCAAAUGGUUUGGGAACAAGGAGUCGCCAUCAUCGGCAUGGUUACAGCAGAGGAGGAAGGAGGUCGGGAAAAGAGUUGCCGCUAUUGGCCUCGUCUGGGCUCUCGCCACAACACCGUUACAUACGGACGCUAUAAGAUCACCACACGAUUCCGCACAGACUCUGGAUGUUACGCCACGACGGGCCUGAAGAUCAAAAAUAUUCAGACGGGGCAAGAGCGAACCGUCUGGCAUCUCCAGUACACAGACUGGCCCGACCACGGCUGCCCAGAGGAUUUCAAAGGGUUUCUCUCAUACCUGGAAGAGAUCCAGUCAGUGAGACGACACACGAACAGCUCCAGCGAUCCAAAGAACACAAAUCUGCCGGUUCUGGUGCACUGCAGCGCUGGGGUGGGACGCACUGGUGUGGUCAUUCUGUCUGAGAUCAUGAUAGCAUGUCUGGAACAUAAUGAGAUGCUGGACGUCCCAACGGUUCUGAACCUGCUACGUCAUCAGCGUAUGAUGAUGGUACAGACGCUUUCACAAUACACCUUUAUUUACAAAGUCCUCAUUCAGUUCCUGAAAAACUCCAGACUGAUCUGAGUUCAGCGACGGCACCGCAAUCUCCAAUCUUGAUCUCUCAUCCCGCUGUUGUACAUGGGAUUGUGGGAUGUUCAGACCGGCAGCGUCCUUUGCUUCGCUCGCUCACAGUAUUAGUGAAGGGCCUGGACUUGAGCCGGGGCAAGUAUGAAGGAUUCUGCGCACACGCAGUGGACUCACUCACUAUUACCAGUAUUAUACAAGGAUUUUACCGUGGGCUUUACACAAUUACACGUGUGGGCUCGGCACUUUUUAUUUUGCUGUAUAUAGCAAAGCACACUCCUGCUGCACCUGUUACAUCAUAUGGCGUUUCAUCCUCUUUACUGGGUUACUCAAAAUAUUAUUUUUACAUGAAGGUGUAGCGGGAAAACAUUGUGAAGAUUACAGGUGGGAAGUUUAAGGUGAAUCUCGCGAAUACCACAUACUAAAUGUAGCAUUAACCCUGGUUUUAGUAGCAUUACUGAGGUCACACACCGAGCGAGAAGUGCUAUGUUGCAUGAAGGGCAACUCGCACACCAGACAUGCACCUACAAUAGGGCAAGCUUUAUCACUUCCAGCUGCAAAAUGUGUGGUGGUGUAACGAUAAUUCAUGCAGUUUGCUUGUUGUGCUUCUCAAUGAAUUAUAGCGAAAUGCAGCUACAUCCAAAAGCCAGAGGGCGCUCUUGUGAAGAAACUUAAUGUGCGCCGCAAAAGAAGUACCAUUUACAUGCUCAUCUUCAGAAAAUGGUUAUAUGCAUAUUUAUAUCUCUGUUCAUCAAACCUUUUCAGGUGUUUUCAUGAUAAUAAAGAAUAUUUAUAAUUAGCUGCGUUUUCGUUACCCUUUAAGUUGCGCAAAUUGACAUUACGAUGUCAAUUUCCAUUGGCUGUAUUUUUAAUUCGCAAUGUAAAUUUGUGCAAUUUGAAGGGAAGUGAUUUUAGAUACUUAUCAAAGACAUGAGAGAGCUGUGCAUAAUAUCGCCUUUGCCAUUCAGAAUUGAUAUCAGACAGGUAUUAUUGGUCUGUAUCACGAUUUAUCGCCACACCCCUAAAAAUAUGCAUUAGCAGCCUAUGUUAAUCGCUAACGGUUUUGGAAAAUUUGAUGUUAUUUAACGUUAUUAAACAAACUAUUUGAGUGCUCUGUGGUGCGGCUGGGAUGUCACCGGUGUGUGUACAUUCAUAGAAAAUAAUCUGUUUGAUUUUUAGAUGCAUUGCGCAGUGCUUCUUGCCCGGUGUGCGACCUCCUGUUUUUGACAUUGGCAUAUUUUCAUGACAAUUAAGCGCUAUUUCAAAUGGUUCUGUAAUUAGAUUUUUAUAAUUAAAUCUUAAUGCAAUACAUCAAAUAAUGAUGUAUAAGUCCUUUACAGUUUAAUUACAUUAUGGCUAAGAAUUAUAUUAUGAAGUAAAAUUGUCAUGAAAAUGUCACAAUGCACAAAAUGUUUACCGUUUUAAAGGUCAUGAAAUCUUUUUAAGCAAAAUGUAAUUUCUUUUUUCUGUGUUUUUAUUGUGGGGUGAAAUGUGACCCAGACGAGUUCAUAGCAGAUUUCGUGAGAUUUACUUUUGUUGGUGAAUCCCGAUACCCGUGUACCAGGAGUGUGACGGUUUCUUGAAAUGAAGUAUCACAUGCAGUGUUAUGUGGCGUGUUGAAGCUCGUGAGAUGUAUGAUCCGGUAUGGUUUACUGAGUCUCAAGCCAAAGACGGGACAGUUUACUUUGUGAUAGCAGACACAACCUUUAAAUAAUUUACUAUAUUAUGUAUUCAAAUUGUAUAUGAAACUCAUAUAAACAGAAAGGCUUUCUUUUUGCAUUAGGGAUAUGUUUGUAUUUCUGCAGCUUCCACCAGCUUUCUCCAACCCAACACACCAAAGAGCGUCGCACACGCGAGUACGGUCGAUUUAUUGUUGAGCUCACCACAUUAAACAUGAUGAUGGUCUACCAAAGAAUAUUCAUCCUAUCAUGUUUUUACUUAAAGUCUUAAAACACUGUGAAACUACAUACAUCGUGUUUGUAAGAGGAACAAAAAGAAAUAAUGUUUUGAAGGAUUAAGUAGUGCCAUAGUUUAAAUGCCUAUAUGUAAAUGUAUUUAAAAUGACAAUUAGGUCUUAUCAUUUUUAAUGACACUUAAGCGAUACAAACAUAAGCUACAUUCCAUCAGCAGAUGUGACGGGACAUAAUGUAACACAUAUAAUAUUGGUUUAAAGAGGACAUAUAAAAAUCAGAGUUUUUCCAUGUUUAAGUGCUAUAAUUGGGUCCCCAGAGCUUCAAUCAACUUAGAAAAUGUGAAAAAGAUCAACCCAGUAACUUAGUUUUUGUAAACCAUUCUCUGCAAGCAUGUGAAAAUAUAGCUCAUUGAAAUGUGAUGUCAGAAGGGGACACCCAAAAAUGCAAAAUUUUUGCUCACAUCUACGUGGCAAUUUUCACAUGUUAUAAUAAAUGAUCUGUCAGGUAUUUUGAGCUAAAACAUCACAUACGCACUCUGGGGACACCAAAGAUUUAUUUAACAUCUUAAAAAUGUCCCCUUUAAAAUGUAAUCUAAAUUUGUGUGGAGCCAGAAUAUGAGUUUUGUUUCUUAAGAUCCAAAAAUAUCUGGGUCAUAUUUCACCUGAUAAUCAUGAUUUUAAAGAAGUGUUUAGUGUGAAAUAAAUAUGUAUUUAAAUUUUGAAGUACAAUUGUUAAUAUAUACAUUGACAAUUUGUUGUACCAACACUGGUUAAUAACAUAAUGCAUAGACUUCAGAUUCUUACAUGCAUAUUUGAAUUUUCUGUUUUGAGAUAUGACCCAAGUAUUUUUUCCCCAGAUAUUUACCCACAAACCGUAUUUUUUGUUCUGAACAGUGCCUACUGUGUGUCCAUGUUGUGUUAAAUGCUAUAAUAUAGAAGUGUUUUCUUUUUUGUGAAGGACAAUCAUUUUGUUUUACACACUAUAUGGUGCAUCUGGUUUCUGCAUAUCAUGAAGUUUAAUGGAAUUUGUAAAAAGACACAAAUAGCCUUUAAAAGCACAAUUAUAAGCAUAUUAACAGUUAACAUUGUAUUGAUCCAGUGACGUCUCUUGGCAUUUAUCCCUCAUUACUUUAAGUUAAAAUCUUUGACGUGUUUUUAAAUAAAAGCACAAUGAAAUGGUGAAACUGCUGUGAUGUGUAAGUUAUAGCAUUCAUUAGUCUUUAUUUGAACUGGAAAUAAAAAUAAUUAAAUUGAUAGACAUUUUAUGAGCUGACUGGACUUUACAAACCCUUUUCCCAAGUGUUACAUGUACAUUAAUAGACAAUACUGUUUAUACUGCUGAUAAUGAGUGUUAUUAACUUUUAACCAUGUUAAGUUUGAGGUUAAAUGAAAUCUCAUCAGGUUUGGUUGUGUGGUUUGAGAUCUCAGCUGAUGUGCCGGUAUCAGAAGAGCUAAAUUAUAUCCCUUUGUAAACAGCUAUAUUUUUCAUUCAGAAAAUAAAUAUUUUAAAUGAUUCA